CGAAGAUCCUAAGUGUUUUUAAUAAACGACUUGACUCCUUGCCUGGAAUAUCCAUUGCUAUUCGAUUAUCUUGUUCAUUUCAUUAUAAAAUUGCAUCCGAUCGCUGUCAACAGACACCUGUCAAAAGAGUAGUAAAGCACGGGUCGUAGGGAAAAACAUGUUAGGACGUCAGGAAAUGAACCAACUUCCUGAAGUUUUAUUUCCUUUACUUUGCAACAUAAAAGUUUCAAGCCGAACAUGGAAGAAAACGAAGAUGAAACAAAGGAAAAUAUGGAGGAAGAAUAUAUGAAGUACGUAAAUAAGAAUUUGUUCCCUUGCGGAAAGCUAUAUGCGAUAUCUACUUGUGGGCUACUACGAAUAUUUACUAUUACUUUUUGUUUGGUGGCCUUCAUUUUGGUGGAAUUGGGAUCCUGUCCGAUAAAGUCAUCUUGUUCUACGAAUAAUUAUACUUCCACCUAUAGUUACUUCAGUGUCAUAUCUUUUCUCAUUUUUGUGGCAUCACUAGCGAUAUAUGUUAUAUAUGUUAUUGGUUUUAUGCAAAAUAUUGGCUAUCGUCCCCGUGUUAAAGCUUUCGCGGAAGUGAUUUAUAUGGCUGCUGCUAUAUUUUUUUACUUUUUUGCUGUCGUAUUUUUGAUACCUCGUACUAGUGGAGUUAUCGAGUAUCAGUUAUCUGCCGCAAUUGGAUCGUUUGUAUUAAUUUUGAUCACUGUGAAUCUUGCACUACUCUUGGUACGAUCAAACCAGUCAUUCAGAAUCGAUAAAAGUAACAGCAAUUCUGUUAAUAGUGUGGAAUCUGAGGACAGAUGUGUGCCAACAACUACAGAAUUUGAAUGGUCAGAUAAAGAAACCAUACCAAGACUCCAUUCUGUUCGUGUUAGGUCUAGUUCUACAGAAUCUAUUACAGCACCAAUGGAAGAGGUAGAUUUAACAGAUAACAAUGUUUUUGGUGAAAAUUGCCACAGUGAUAGUUCUACUGCAAGCGCAAAGGAAUUUAAUUUGGAUAAAAACUUCAAUGAUAAUUUUAGCGUUAGCUCAUGUUCGUUGCCAUCUUGUACAUAUCCUUCUACAUCUUCGGCUUCCACUGAUGAUGAAAAAUCUUUAAAAUGAUUUUAACUUUUUAUAGUAUGUACUGUACAUAUUUUAAUCAUACUUUGGAAAUAUUACCAAUGAAAUGAGAUUAGAUUUUAUAAUCAAAAUAAAAACAUUUUAAGAAUCUAAAUUUUAUUAUGAAUUUUUUAUAAAUCAUUAUUAUAUUUUAUAAUUCAUUGUCAAUAAAUAAUUCAAAAAUUGAUGAUUUAUGUGUCAUGUAUUAGAAAAAAACCUUUGUUUAAUAAAAGAACG